UCUUAUCCCAAGCAUCUCUCGCCUCUUCAACUUUUUGAUCCCCUGUCAUCUAAGAUAAUCUUAUUACUUCUCUAGCAGUACCGAAAGCCGAGAAUACACUCUGACCUAUAUCGAAUUCAACGAUGGUCAGCCUUGACAUCGUACGCAAGUUCAACGGCAGCCUCAGCUCCAGGCUACCCCGUCCUGUGGCACUGUUCGUCGGAGGCACCAGCGGCAUUGGGCGAAGCACACUACGCCAACUCGCUUUGAAUACCAACGCACCCACGGCCUAUAUCGUCGGACGAAGCGAGAGCAAUGCUCGACCGCUCCUCAAGGAGCUCGGCCAACUCAACCCUCUUGGCUCCUUCAAAUUCAUCGAAGCAGACGUGUCGCUCAUUCGCAAUGUGGACAAGAUUUGCGAGGGCAUCAAGACCAGAGAGAAGUCCCUCGAUCUUCUGUUCAUGACGCCUGGUGGACUUUCACUAGUUGGACGACGAGAGACGAGUGAGGGUCUUGACAAAUUGUUUGCUUUGCGUUACUACGCUCGCAUGCGUUUCGCACAAAAGCUUAUGCCCUUGCUGGAAGCCGCAGAGCCAGCUCCUGGUCGUGUCGUCAGUGUGCUAGGUGGAGGUUUUGAAGGCAACAUCAACCCGGACGACCUGGACCUCAUCAAGGGCUACAACAUUCUCAGCUGUGCCAUGCACUCUGUCACCAUGACCUCGCUGGCUAUGGAGCAUCUCGCCGCCUCACGCCGGGCCUCAUUCGUGCACGUCUACCCGGGCUUGGUCGGCACCAACAUUUACACCAACAGCUUCCCACCACCAUUGGCUGCCGUCUACAACUAUGGUAUGUGGCCUCUGAUGUACCCUUUCUCAGUCAACAUUGACGAGAGCGGUGAGCGUCAUCUGUUCCACGCCACAUCUGAACGCUACCCUUCCAAGACGAUUGGCAAUGAUCGCAGUCUUGCCGCCCGGAAUGAGAUUGAUGUAGCCAUGGGGUCCAACGGGACCUUUGGAAGUGGUGCAUACUUGAUGAACUGGAAGGGUGAUAUAUCGGCGGCAGGAAAGAAGAUGCAGAAGUUGAGGAAAGAAGGCAUGGCCGAGAGGGUGUGGGAGCAUACGACCAAUCUUCUCGAUCGCACUGUCCGGUAAUCUGGAGACGAUUGGCGGUCCAGAUUGUGCAUUACUAGUCGAACAUCUUUGCUCCAGAGCGACAAUGCACAUUGAGCCGUAUUCGGCACCUAUGCUAGACCAAAAGCAUUAUGCCUCCUCAUUAGUAUUUGGUGAAACACCUCGCCUGGUUAACAAUCUAUUUCUGUUGC